AUGGCCUCCAAGCUCAAGGAGCGGAGGAGGACGCCGGUUUCCCACAAAGUGAUUGAGAAGCGGAGGAGGGACCGCAUCAACCGCUGCCUCACCGAGCUGGGGAAGACGGUGCCCAUGGCUCUGGCCAAGCAGAGCUCGGGGAAGCUGGAGAAAGCGGAGAUCCUGGAGAUGACGGUGCAGUAUCUGCGGGCCCUGCACUCGGCGGACUUUCCCCGUGGCCGGGAGAAGGCAGAGCUGCUCUCCGAGUUCGCCAAUUACUUCCACUACGGCUACCACGAGUGCAUGAAGAACCUGGUCCACUACCUGACAACGGUGGAGAGGAUGGAGACCAAAGACACCAAGUACGCCCGCAUCCUGGCCUUUCUCCAGUCCAAAGCACGCUUCGUUACUGAGCCUCUCUUCACGUCCCUGGGCUCCAUCCCGGAGCCGGACUUUUCCUACCCGCUGCAUCCUGGGCCCGAGUGCCCCGGGCACGUCCACAGUCCCGCCGAGGGCGUGCUCCAGCCGCCCUCGGGGGGGCCAUUCCCCUGGCACGGCGCCGCCCGCAACCCCUCCCUGCCCUACCACUUGCCCAGCGCCGCCGUACCCCUCGCCAGCCCCGGCCAGCAGCGCAGCACUUUCCUCUCAUCCGUGCAGGGGCUGGACCGCCACUACCUCAACCUCCUCGGCCAUUCCCACCCCAACGCGUUCGGGCUGCCCCCGGGCCAGCACCCCUCCAUGCUAUAG